AUUUUGGGCGGUCUCUCGCUGUCGGCGGCGUGGCGACUUAUCUCACCGACAAGGGCUUCUAUGUAAACUGAGGCAAAACUAAAACAGAUGAAACUCAAGAGCACAUUCACAAAAAAUGCUGCCAAUUUUGAUGGCUCCAGAAGACGCGGAUUCCACGGGAGAAACACGCGCCUGCACAUGCGGUCUAUUCUUUAUUUGAGUUAUUUAAAGUAAGCCUGUCGAUGCUUGUAAUCAGAGUGCUACAUUGCAUAGUGAUUUGUCUGGCUAUAUUUUAUUAAUUAAGUUACAAUAUAAUAUUAUUAUACUUUUGCGCGAUAUUAAUUAAGGCAGUGCUGUCGGUUUUCAAUCGUGCCAUUUUUGUGUAGAAAUGAGGAAUCCACAUCUACUCAGCGAUGGCUGGAAGACAAUCAAUGCAAAGGAUUCAGCUGGGAAUAAAAAGUUUAAACGGAAAGGUCGGGACCCCAAACGAGUCACCAGUGAUGAAGUCAAACAUUUCCAAUAUGAUUCAAUAAUGGACGACGAUUCUAUGGGGGAACUGAUGGAAGAGACAUGUAGAAACAUUGUCCAAAAAAGACUACAGGACCCUGGUUCAGUUCUAUCUGUGGAGAAAUCCAUUAUUUCAUCUGGAAACCCGAAUACUGCUCUUGACAUGAGGAUAAAUGCUUUACCAUCAACAGUUACUGGGAAGCUCCCAUCAUCACAGUCACAGCCUUUAUCCGAGUCAACACCGACAAGCAGAGACUCUUUUCUCAGCACAUUCCCGCAUGUUACAAGUUAUGGCCAUCAACAGUCAUUUGGGACUGAUCACACAUUACAGUCCCGGAUCGUCCUGUGCCAGCGCUCUGAGAAGUCCCUCUCCUCAGCCUCUCAGACAGCCUACAUCAAUAGCAGCGACCCGGUUGAAUCGCCAAAGAAACGGCUAGGAGAAACGUCUGGCGUCGUCACUGAGAUCAAAGCCGUUCAGCAGACACGGAGGCUACUGGCGAAUGCCAGAGAGAGGACCCGGGUACAUACCAUCAGUGCAGCCUUUGAGGCGCUGAGAAAGCAGGUGCCCUGCUACUCCUAUGGACAGAAGUUGUCAAAGCUGGCUAUAUUAAGAAUCGCCUGUAACUACAUCCUGUCGCUAGCUCAGCUGGCAGACCUGGACUACACCCCAGAUCACGGCAACAUGAGCUUCAGAGAGUGCGUGGAGCAGUGCACCCGCACCCUGCAGGCCGAGGGACGCUCCAAGAAGAGAAAGGAGUAAAAUUCUCACAGCAUCGGUGGUGUGAGCCAGGCUUUAUAACAAGGCCCUUGAACAAAAGAAAUUCUUUACAGCUCUGUUAUUGAGGUUAUUCAAGGUCACUCCUGGGGGAGACUACAACCAGUCACUUGGACAUACAGUAUGAUGGACCUAAUUUCAUAGGCCUACUUGAUACCUGUUGAGCUAGCAUAAAUAUCAAGAAUCUCCAGUUAUGGAUAUGUUUCUGCCCGUCGUGAGUUGGAAUGAAUCUCUUUCGGUUGGUGUUUGAACAGUUAAAAGUGGGAGACAGCAUUGAUGUUAUUUAAGCAAACAAGAAAACAUGUCUGGUGGAUGAAAUCAGGUUGUUCAAUCAUAUGACAAUUGGAGGCAGAGACAGCAGUGACUAUAACCAUUCAUAACAGUGAUUAUAACAGUUUUAUUCAACUAUGAACCCCGAUGCCUUUUCAAUGACAUUUUGUUUUUCUUUAUAGUAUGAUUGGUAAUUUCUGCUUGAUGAAAGCUAACUAGUGAAAGCGCGAGUAACAUAUAUUUGAUUACAAGAUAACUUAAAAUGACAUAGCAAUGGUAUUUUAUUCAGCAACUGUUUUUGUGUGUUGAAAUAUGAAUUAAGUUACAUGGGUUAUUGUCUGCUACCUGAGCUCAGUAUUUUAAAAUAUCCCAGAUUGACACAUUUAAAAGUGACCUCCCUUUCAGCUGGCCUUUUCUAAUGACAAAUCUCUGACUGUUGUGUGCUAAUCAAGCACUUUUUAACCAAAAAUAAAGGAACUGUUGUUAAUUUA